CCCCAUGAAUCAUGUCUAUGAAUCCCCUCCUCCGCAGUAGGGCGGUUACUGUAAACUAACUUUAACAUUAGCAGUUGGUUCAUUUCUUAAAAUAGACUGAUGUUAAGCUAUAUCAAAUCAGCAUGAUUGCCGCCGAGUCAAGCAGGUUUCCUGCGUGGUUUAUCACCUUGGUCUUGCUCACCCUCCUUGUGUCGGCUAGUGCCUCUUCAUCAGGGCAAAACGGAAGCCAUUGUAUCGAUGGCACAUACGACCAUGAGGGAAGGACCUGUUGUCUGUGUGGUGCUGGUCUGCACCUGGUAGAGCACUGCACUACGGAUCUACAAAUUGGAAAAUGCCAGACCUGUCCUAAAUUGGAAUACAGCAGUCACCCUAAUUACGAGACGUCCUGUGAGCCCUGCACAUCCUGCUCCCAACCCAGUGCCAAUCUAGAGGUGGACGAACCUUGUACCCCUGCCAGGAACACUAGGUGUCGAUGUAAAGAGAAUCACUAUUGCAGCAGCGACAUAAAACCCUGUAUAACCUGCAAGCCUUGUAAAGUAUGUGAUGAGGGCAUCGAAGUAGACUGUACACCCAACAGUGACACAGUCUGCAAGGAAAAAAUUGGGGAUAAUAAACUAUGGAUAAUAUUAGGCAUAAUUGUCCCAAUGCUUGUCAUUGGACUUGUUGUUGGACUUGCUGUUGGACUUGCAUGCCAUUGGAAGCGGAGACGCGACCGAGAGAGACGACACCCAGUCGAACUGACAGAUUUUACUGCAGCUAAGAGUCAGUUACUUAGAGCUCCAGUUGUGGAUCUCCAGCCUCACCUGCCUGACAUUGCAGAAGUGAUUGGGUGGAACGAUAUGAAGGUUGUAGCGAUGUACAGCAGUAUACAAAACCCUGCUAUUGAGGAAUGUCAAAUGAACCACCCUGGUAAUAUUCAGGAAGCAAAACUUGAACUACUAAAGAUCUGGGUGGAGAAGAAUGGCCGGGAGGCUUCAAGAAACAUAGUCCAAAUACUACAAAGCAAGGGAAAAAGGGACACAGCAGAGAAGGUGAUGGAUAUAUUGUCUAGACCAAAUAAUAAUCCUGCUUGAAGGUCUAUUGUUGGCACCUUUUACAUAUUUGCAGCGCUGUCCACUGUAUGAAUUGUUGUUGUUAUUAUUAUUUUUUAAACCAAUUGAUGUUUACAUGAUAGGAUUGAAAUGUAAAUACGGAUUUAAAGGUCCAGUGUGUAACAUCUUUAGUUGUUCAUUAUCAAAAUCUUUGUUGCCCGUUCACAAACUUGUCCUU